AUGUGGACAGUACAAAAUCGAGAGAGUUUGGGGCUUCUCUCUUUCCCUGUGAUGAUUGCCAUGGUCUGUUGUGCACACAGCGCCAAUGAGCCCAGCAACAUGUCAUACGUGAAAGAGACAGUGGACAGAUUGCUCAAAGGAUAUGACAUUCGCUUGCGGCCGGACUUUGGAGCACCUCCAAUUUCAGUUGGCAUAAAUAUCACCUUAAUAGUCCAAUUUUUUGUUUCCUUUAUUUCACAGGAUUAUACACUCACCAUGUAUUUCCAGCAAUCUUGGAAAGACAAAAGGCUUUCUUAUUCUGGAAUCCCACUAAAUCUCACGCUAGACAACAGGGUAGCUGACCAACUCUGGGUGCCAGACACCUACUUUCUGAAUGACAAGAAAUCAUUUGUGCAUGGGGUUACAGUGAAGAAUCGAAUGAUCCGACUGCAUCCUGAUGGAACAGUUCUCUACGGACUCCGGAUCACAACCACAGCUGCAUGUAUGAUGGAUCUACGAAGAUAUCCUCUGGAUGAGCAAAACUGCACUCUGGAGAUUGAAAGUUAUGGCUAUACCACUGAUGACAUUGAGUUUUACUGGAAUGGAGGAGAGGGAGCAGUAACUGGAGUUAAUAAAAUUGAGCUUCCUCAGUUUUCAAUUGUCGACUACAAGAUGGUCUCCAAGAAAGUGGAGUUCACAACUGGGGCAUAUCCACGACUGUCACUAAGUUUUCGUCUAAAGAGAAAUAUUGGCUACUUCAUUUUGCAAACCUACAUGCCUUCCACAUUGAUUACAAUUCUGUCCUGGGUGUCUUUUUGGAUCAACUAUGAUGCAUCUGCAGCCAGAGUUGCACUAGGAAUCACCACCGUGCUGACAAUGACAACCAUCAGCACUCACCUCAGGGAGACUUUACCGAAGAUCCCUUAUGUCAAAGCGAUUGAUAUUUACCUGAUGGGUUGCUUUGUGUUUGUGUUCCUGGCUCUCCUGGAAUAUGCCUUUGUAAAUUACAUCUUCUUUGGAAAAGGCCCUCAGAAAAAGGGAGCUAGCAAACAAGACCAGAGUGCCAAUGAGAAGAACAAACUGGAGAUGAAUAAAGUGGACGUCCACGGCAACAUCCUCCUCAGCACCCUGGAGAUCAAGAACGAGACGAGCGGCUCGGAAGUGCUCACGGGCGUCAGCGAGCCCAAGGCCAGCAGCAUGUACUCGUACGACAGCGCCAGCAUCCAGUACCGCAAGCCCCUGAGCAGCCGCGGGGAGGCGUACGGGCGCGCGCUCGAGCGGCACGGCGCGCACAGCAAGGGGCGCAUCCGCAGGCGCGCCUCGCAGCUCAAAGUCAAGAUCCCCGACUUGACUGAUGUGAACUCCAUAGACAAGUGGUCCCGAAUGUUCUUCCCCAUCACCUUUUCUCUUUUUAACGUCGUUUAUUGGCUUUACUAUGUACACUAA